UUUGUCACUCGGAGAUGAAUGCCAUCUUAAACAGAAUUUCCUCAGAUGUCCGUGGCUGUAAAUUAUACGUGACAUUGUUUCCAUGUAACCAAUGUGCAAAAAUUAUAAUACAGGCUGGGAUAGCGGAAGUUGUGUAUUAUGACGAUAAGCACGAUUUUAAAAUCGAAACUCAAGCUUCUAAACUUAUGCUGGAAAAAGCUGGCGUUAAAACCAGACGAUACGAGCCAACACAACUGGAAUUCAGAAUUGGACAGAUAGAAAGUAAACUGUGAUUCCACAAAAACACACACAGAAAUAUAGAAAACGAUACAAGACUAGAGGCCAACUAAAUAUUUAAUUAUUUUGAUUGGUGGAUAAAUAUUCGGUAUUUACACAAGUUUUUAUUACAAUAGAUGUGCUUAUAUGCAGAAAAACAACAACCUUUUAUGAUGAAAAUUAUACGAAAUUUUACUACGUU